AUGCUCCCUUGGAUUCACCCCCAUCUGGCACAGAGCGUGAACCCCAACAAGGGCCGCCAACUGCAGGCCGCUCAACCUAUCCAACGAGGCGAGGUCCUGCUUAUCGAUCCGCCGUACGCUAUCAUCCCGAUCUCAGACGUAGAUGCCGCAACGAGCUCUGGGAAUAUCAUCUGCAACAAUCCCCAAUGCAAUACCACCGUUCCCCAAGAAAAAGGAACGCAUUGCCCAAAGCGCUGCAACAAAGACGUAAUCUGGUGCAAUAAGGAUUGCCGCGAUACAGACAAAGCAAGGCAUAAUUUCGAAUGCACCUGGCUGGCGAAAUACACCGCAUCCCUGCGCUCAAAAUGGGGCUACUAUAACUUCGGGAUGCUCUGGUUAAUCGUCCGAGCGCUGGCCAGGCGAUGUACGGAAUCUUCCCAAAGCCAUGAUACAGCCACGGCCGACUACAACGAUCAAGAAUCGCAGCAAUCGCAUUUAUCGUUAUCGCGCUUCAAAUCCGGCUGGGCCGCCAUCGACGCCCUCUGCGGCACAACCGAAACAUGGUCACACGCACAAGUUCGCGAAUGGACAGUCCUUGUCAAGAAAUAUCUCAGCAGCUCAGCACUCCCGCACAACCUCCCAAACACCGAUGUCUUGGCAUUAAUAUGCAAAGAGGAGGCGAACUCGUUCGGCCUCUACCCGCGGGAAACAGGCGUUUUUCCACCUCCUGAUCCGACCGCUAACAGAGGGGAGCAGUUCGGGGCGGCGGUAUAUCCCCGCGCCUCGAUCGCGAACCAUUCUUGCUGUCCAAAUAUCAUUCACAAACCCGAUGAGCAAGGCCGCAUGGUCUUCACGGCGGGACGAGACAUCGCCGCAGGCGAGGAAUGCUGCAUAUCGUAUUUUGAUCUGACGCAGUAUGUUGGGCUUCAGGAGCGCCGGGGGCGUCUGCAGAGCUUGUUCCGGUUCAAGUGUGGGUGUGCGCGGUGUGUUGAGGAAGAAGCUGAGCAGGAAGCUACAGGUGAGGAUGGUAAUGAGGUUGGGUGGGAUGCUUUUCCGGACUUUGGGUAA